AUACUUGAUCGAUAAAUCCGCGGUCACACUGAGCUGCAGAAAUAAGUUACGAAUUUAUUGUUUUCUUUUAAUGUAAAUUGCAACUAAACCCAGUUAUUAAAAGUCGUGUAAUUGCCCGAAGUUGCGUUAAACCGUAAUUUGUGACCCCGACACGUGCCAAGUGAAUGUGUUGUGCGGUGCCGCGACCGCAAACUCGACAGACGCAAAGAAGAAAAACAAGGAGGAGCUAAUAGAGAAGGCAGCAACAAAGAAGCCCAGGGGAGACAUCCACACGCAUUCUAAGACACACGCACCCCCAAAGACUGCAGCUGCGGGUUUUUGUACCAGCGCACUACGUUGAUCGCUAGACACAACGGCUAAUCAAAAGCGGAAUACAAAUGACGGAAUACAAAUUGGUUGUUGUUGGUGCGGGAGGCGUUGGGAAAUCAGCGUUGACCAUCCAACUAAUUCAGAAUCAUUUUGUUGACGAAUACGAUCCGACCAUCGAGGACUCGUACCGAAAGCAAGUGGUCAUUGAUGGAGAAACCUGCCUUUUGGACAUCUUGGACACCGCUGGACAGGAAGAGUACUCGGCCAUGCGGGAUCAGUAUAUGCGCACGGGUGAGGGCUUCCUGUUAGUCUUUGCGGUAAAUAGUGCAAAAUCCUUCGAGGACAUUGGCACAUACCGCGAGCAGAUCAAACGGGUCAAGGAUGCCGAGGAGGUGCCUAUGGUGCUUGUAGGCAAUAAGUGCGACUUGACCACGUGGAACGUUAAAAACGAACAGGCAAGAGAGGUGGCCAAACAAUACGGCAUUCCAUACAUUGAGACAUCAGCUAAGACGCGCAUGGGUGUUGAUGAUGCAUUUUACACACUGGUGCGUGAGAUCCGAAAGGACAAGGACAACAAGGGGCGAAGGGGGCGUAAACUUAAUAAGCCGAAUCGUAGAUUUAAAUGUAAAAUGCUCUAAACGGGCUCGAAGUGGUUUUAUUAACUUUUUAUUUUGUUCAAUGUCGCCUGUUGUCUGUCUGUCUGUCUGUAUGUAUUCAGUAAUGUCUUCGUGGGGCAAUCGUGUCAAUGGAUGGUGGAUGGCAGGAUUGUGGAUCCCCCGCGAAUGCACGCUGAAUGAAAGCACACACACAUACACACACGUACAGAACGAAAGCACACACAUUUGUAUGGGGAGCGCGUUAGUCGGUGCAAUUGUCAGAUGAAGAGAAGAAUUGUAAUUAAUUUAAGUAACUAGAGUUUUAUGUACGUCAAAAUGAUUUUGUGAAUGUGUGUGUUUUGUGUCGUUUGAAAGGUUGCGUGGCGCCCUUUUAAGAGUAUUAACAAUAACGAAAAUGAAAACGAAGGAAAGCAAAACGAAAUGAAAUGAAUAUGUACCUCUCUACAUAUAACUAUGAAUACUGUUGUAACUGCCUCGGUUCAGCUGCUUUAACCAUUUGUUUUCAAUCACCACCAACCACUAAAACUGAAGUCAAUGUCGUUUGUAUUUUACCAGAGACGGAGACGGAGAAUCUGAUCUACUCUGAACCCCGAUAUACCACGAUGCAUGCAAGACUAGUUCUAAUUACUCGUAAUUCCUUGAGCUCUGUUGUCAAUGGUUUUGUUUUCAUGAUUUUAGCGUAGCCCGUCUUCUGAUUCAAGUUUUCUCACACAUACGCACGAACAGAAUUCCAUUAGUAUUUUUCACUAUUAAAGAACAAACAAAACAUGAAAAACGGUACAGCAAUUUUCGCACAAACGAGCAGAUUUGCUUGUCUUUGCUGCCCAAACUAAAUAAAUUUAUGUUCAUUAAACACAAUCAAUUGUUGUGGUGCUAUGAUGCAAACAUUUUAUUCAUAUGAGUUGUUCUUGGAAAGCCUUUCUUUCUACCUACCUUAUUGACAGAUCAAUCGAAGAUAAAACAAGCAGCCAAUUAAAUUUACAUUAUAUAGUUUGCUUUAAGCUUUUUAUACAUACAUUUAAUAUUUAAUUUUUUUGUAUUAAUUUUUGCCAUACAAAAAGGAACGAAAUAAAACGAUUGUGUGUACUAUUUAAACUGA